UCGCUCCCUGGCUUCUUCCCAUUACCCAGGGCGGGCAGCGAAGUGGUGCCUCCUGCGUCCCCCACACCCUCCCUCAGCCCCUCCCCUCCGGCCCGUCCUGGGCAGGUGACCUGGAGCAUCGGGCAGGCUGCCCUGGCCUCCUGCGUCAGGACAACGCCCACGAGGGGCGUUACUGUGCGGAGAUGCACCGCGCAAGAGACACCCUUUGUAACUCUCUUCUCCUGCCUAGUGCGAGGUUAAAACCUUCAGCCCCACGUGCUGUUUGCAAACCUGCCUGUACCUGAGGCCCUAAAAAGCCAGAGACCUCACUCCCGGGGAGCCAGCAUGUCCACUGCGGUCCUGGAAAACCCAGGCUUGGGCAGGAAACUCUCUGACUUUGAACAGGAAACAAGCUAUAUUGAAGACAACUGCAAUCAAAAUGGUGCCAUAUCACUGAUCUUCUCACUCAAAGAAGAAGUUGGUGCAUUGGCCAAAGUAUUGCGCUUAUUUGAGGAGAAUGAUAUAAACCUGACCCACAUUGAAUCUAGACCUUCUCGUUUAAAGAAAGAUGAGUACGAAUUUUUCACCCAUUUGGAUAAACGUAGCCUGCCUGCUCUGACAAACAUCAUCAAGAUCUUGAGGCAUGACAUUGGUGCCACUGUCCAUGAGCUUUCACGAGAUAAGAAGAAAGACACAGUGCCCUGGUUCCCAAGAACCAUUCAAGAGCUGGACAGAUUUGCCAAUCAGAUUCUCAGCUAUGGAGCGGAACUGGAUGCUGACCACCCUGGUUUUAAAGAUCCUGUGUACCGUGCAAGACGGAAGCAGUUUGCUGACAUUGCCUACAACUACCGCCAUGGGCAGCCCAUCCCUCGAGUGGAAUACAUGGAGGAAGAAAAGAAAACAUGGGGCACAGUGUUCAAGACUCUGAAGUCCUUGUAUAAAACCCAUGCUUGCUAUGAGUACAAUCACAUUUUUCCACUUCUUGAAAAGUACUGUGGCUUCCAUGAAGAUAACAUUCCCCAGCUGGAAGACGUUUCUCAAUUCCUGCAGACUUGCACUGGUUUCCGCCUCCGACCUGUGGCUGGCCUGCUUUCCUCUCGGGAUUUCUUGGGUGGCCUGGCCUUCCGAGUCUUCCACUGCACACAGUACAUCAGACAUGGAUCCAAGCCCAUGUAUACACCCGAACCUGACAUCUGCCAUGAGCUGUUGGGACAUGUGCCCUUGUUUUCAGAUCGCAGCUUUGCCCAGUUUUCCCAGGAAAUUGGCCUUGCCUCUCUGGGUGCACCUGAUGAAUACAUUGAAAAGCUCGCCACAAUUUACUGGUUUACUGUGGAGUUUGGGCUCUGCAAACAAGGAGACUCCAUAAAGGCAUAUGGUGCUGGGCUCCUGUCAUCCUUUGGUGAAUUACAGUACUGCUUAUCAGAGAAGCCAAAGCUUCUCCCCCUGGAGCUGGAGAAGACAGCCAUCCAAAAUUACACUGUCACGGAGUUCCAGCCCCUGUAUUACGUGGCGGAGAGUUUUAAUGAUGCCAAGGAGAAAGUAAGGAACUUUGCUGCCACAAUACCUCGGCCCUUCUCAGUUCGCUAUGACCCAUACACCCAAAGGAUUGAGGUCUUGGACAAUACCCAGCAGCUUAAGAUUUUGGCUGAUUCCAUUAACAGUGAAAUUGGAAUCCUUUGCAGUGCCCUCCAGAAAAUAAAGUAAAGCCAUGGACAGAAUGUGGUCUGUCAGCUGUGAAUCUGUUGAUGGAGAUCCAACUAUUUCUUUCAUCAGAAAAAGUCCGAAAAGCAAACCUUAAUUUGAAAUAACAGCCUUAAAUCCUUUACAAGAUGGAGAAACAACAAAUAAGUCAAAAUAAUCUGAAAUGACAGGAUAUGAGUACAUACUCAAAAGCAUAAUGGUAAAUCUUUUGGGGUCAUCUUUGAUUUAGAGAUGAUAAUCCCAUAUUCUCAAUUGAGUUAAAUCAGUAAUCUGUCGCAUUUCAUCAAGAUUAAUUAAAAUUUGGGACCUGCUUCAUUCAAGCUUCAUAUAUGCUUUGCAGAGAACUCAUAAAGGAGCAUAUAAGGCUAAAUGUAAAACACAAGACUGUCAUUAGAAUUGAAUUAUUGGGCUUAAUAUAAAUCGUAACCUAUGAAGUUUAUUUUCUAUUUUAGUUAACUAUGAUUCCAAUUACUACUUUGUUAUCGUACCUAAGUAAAUUUUCUUUAAGUCAGAAGCCCAUUAAAAUAGUUACAAGCAUUGAACUUCUUUAGUAUUAUAUUAAUAUAAAAACAUUUUUGUAUGUUUUAUUGUAAUCAUAAAUACUGCUGUAUAAGGUAAUAAAACUCUGUACCUAAUCCCCAUAACUUCCAGUAUCAUUCUCCAAUUAAUUAUCAAGUCUGUUUUGGGAAACACUUUGAAGACAUUUAUGAUGCAGCAGAUGUUGACUAAAGGCUUGGUUGGUAGAUAUUCAGGAAAUGUUCACUGAAUAAAUAAGUAAAUACAUUAUUGAAAAGCAAAUCUGUAUAAAUGUGAAAGUUUUAUUUGUAUUAGUAAUAAAACAUUAGUAGUUUAAACAA